AUGAGGCUCUUAUCUGCUGCAGCUCUGCUCUGCGGUGUGUUGACAUCCUCCAUCUCGAGCGUACGUGCCGCAACUGCCAAUGACACCACAUAUACUUCAUCGCGACUAGUCCUACCGACCGAUUUCAGCCCCCCCAAGGUGUUCAAGAAUGUCAAUCUACUCAGAAAUAUAAAUCUUGAGAAAGGUUACGUGCGGGAAAUCGUCAAUGUUGUGGUAGAGAACACUGGAAAGGAACCGCAGGAGCGGUACUUCCUCCCUUUCGCAUCGGACAUAAUCGAUAGAGUUGGAGGACUGGAAGUACGAGAUAAGAAUGCGCUAUCGCAUGGCAAAUUUCUGGUGGAUGCUACGGAGACGUUGCAGUCGAGGUUUCCCUCGACCCUCUCCCCGCGGCUAUUGAACAACAAGACAAACAAUACCUCACCUACUCCUUUCCGGCCUACGCCCGGUCCGCUUACACAACCGACAACCAGAAGACAAAGAUCAAAUUCCCUAGCUCCCGAAGUACCAGACUACACAGAAACUUCCGGCCUGAAAUCCGGCGCAGACCCAGAACGACAAGGCAGCACUUACACAUACGGACCCUACCAGACCUCUAAAGUUCUUCCCGGCACCGCAGGAUCCAUCAUAACCGUCCGCUACGAAUUCACCAAACCAGUCAUAACCUGCUCCCUCCUCGAGCGCGACGUCGAAGUCUCGCACUGGGGCGGCAACCUUGCAACUGAGGAGCGUCUCUGGCUCCGCAACGACGGCGCCAAGCUCUCCAACCACUUCUCCCGCGUCGAAUGGGCGAUAAAGUCCUAUCAGAACCUACCCUCAUCCGCCAUGAGCGAUCUACGCAUCCCACUACGCCCAGGCUCCGUCGACGCCUAUUUCAUUGACGACAUCGGCAACGUCUCGACAAGCCAUUUCCUCCCUGGUCUGAACAAGCGCGAGGCGCUGCUGGAGCUCAAGCCGCGCUACCCCGUUUUUGGCGGGUGGAAAUACAGCUUCCGCAUUGGCUGGAACAAUGCACUGUCAUCAUUCCUGCGCAAGGCUGGCGGGGAGUCGUAUGUGCUUAGGGUACCUUUCCUGGAGGGUCCGAAAGUGCCUGAGGGGGUGCAGUAUGAGAAAGUCCAGCUGCGCGUGAUUCUCCCUGAGGGUGCGCGAGAUGUGAAGUAUGAACUAGCUGAUGGGGUUGGGAUGCCAUUUAUGGUCGAGUCGGAGAUUGGGUUGCACAAGACGUUUAUGGACACGGUGGGGAGGACCGUGUUGACGUUGCGGACGACGAAUGUGGCAGAUGAGGCAAGGGAGGGACAUCUUAUUGUGACAUACGACUAUCCCGCACUCGCGAUACUCCGUAAACCACUAACGAUCGCCGCAGGCCUAUUUAGCGUGUUUGUGACGGUGUGGUUAGUGGGUAAUCUAGAUGUGAGCAUUAAGAAGCGGUAG